GCCCUUGCCCCGCCCCUCGAGCUACCCUCUCCUUUUUAAACCCCAAAUUGAGGACCCAGGCGGUCCUUCACCACGAAGCCUGGGGGGUCUGACCUCGGGCCUUUGCUUUCAGAGGCCUCGAGUCUCGCUGAGCCCAGGGAUGUAGAGAAACUCGAGCGGCGAGGCUACCCGGAACGAUUCUUUCGCGGAACCAUUGCGGCGAGGCCGCUAGGAGCGCCCGCAGGGACUGACCGCGGCGGGCCGGGCCAGACUGGCAGGGAUGGCGGCGGCGGCGACGGCAGCGGCUGACGCGGGGCCGAGGAUCGCGGUCCCCGUGGAUCUGCGGCGCGAGCGGCGCAUGGUGUGCGUGGAGUACCCAGGCGUGGUGCGCGACGUGUCCAAGAUGCUGCAGACUCUGGGCGGCGAGGAGGGCGUUUCCCGGAUCUACGCAGACCCCACCAAGAGGCUGGAGCUGUAUUUCCGGCCCAAGGACCCUUACUGCCACCCAGUGUGCGCCAACCGCUUCAGUACCAGCAGCCUGCUGCUCCGCAUCAGGAGGAAGACCAGGCGGCAGAGGGAGGUGCCGGGGCCUGAGCCCCACCCCAAGGUCACAUUUGACAUAGAAAUACUUGGCACCAUCUCCACCAUUUACAAAUUUCAAGGAAUGUCCGACUUCCAGUACUUGGCCGUGCACACGGAGGCUGGCGGCAGGCACAUGUCCAUGUAUGACAAAGUGCUCAUGCUCAAGCCUGAGAAGGAGAGUUUUUUCCACCAAGAGCUGCCGCUCUACAUCCCCCCACCCAUCUUCUCUCGGCUGGACACCCCAGUGGACUAUUUCUAUCGACCAGAGACGCAGCACCGGGAAGGCUACAACAACCCCCCCGUCUCGGGCGAGAACCUGAUUGGCCUGAGCAGGGCCCGGCGCCCCCACAAUGCCAUCUUUGUCAACUUUGAGGAUGAUGAGGUGCCCACGCAGCCGCUGGAGGCUGCAGUCCAGACGUGGAGGAGGAUCUCUACCAACCCCCUGGACCGGAAGGUGGAGGAGGAGCUGAGGAAGCUGUUUGAAAUCCGUCCCAUCUGGUCACGAAACGCUGUCAAGGCCAACAUCAGCGUCCACCCUGACAAACUCAAGGUUUUGCUGCCCUUCGUGGCCUAUUACAUGCUGGUCUGGGGGCCACCCAGGAGGCCUGUGCUCCACACAUGGCCUUGUUUCCUGGCCCCAGCUCUCUUCUCCAGCCCAGCCAAGGCCGACAGGGGGAAAGAGCCCCUGACGUACGAGUCUGGGGAAGAUGAGGAGGACGAGGAAGAGGAGGAGGAGGACUUCAAGCCAUCCGAUGGCAGCGACAAUGAGAUGGAGACAGAGAUUCUGGACUACGUGUGACACAGCCCUGCACCCGAGGCUGGGCAUCCUUGAUCAUGCAUGACUGGUGAUGGAACCGGGGCAAGCCGUGUCUCCCCAUUGCUGCCCACGGUAACCAGAGUGGCCCGAGGAGGCCCCCCCGCCCCGCCACCGAGGAAAGCUGGGGUCCCAGCACUGGGUUCAGCUGACCCUGGUCCUGCCCGUCUGCCCGUGACACCUGCAGCACGGGACUGCCCUCCGGCCGUGGGUGCUUGGGGACAUCCCCAGAGGGUAUGACCUGGCUUUUCGCAGCUGUGAGCCAGCCCAGUGUCCAGCAGGCUGAGCUGGUGCCCAGCACCUCUCUCUGGCUGAGGACAGCAGAAGCUGGAGGUGGAGAGGAUGUGGCCAGGGGCAGGGUGGUCUCGCCUUGGAGCUGAUGACUGGUGACCAGCGAGGAAGCUGGUCCGUGGUCACAGAUGGGCGAAGACUGUCCUUGGGUUUGGAUCCCAUCCAUUUGGGACUCAGCUGGAGUUGUUCUUACCAAAUACACUUUCCCAAGGAGAAA